UUUCAUCUAACAUUCCCCAGGGUCUCUGGUAAGAGUCCCUCAAAAGCCCAUGAACAGGCGUGGUUUUGUACAGCUCUCCCCUAUAGCAGUAGAGGGGUGGUCCAUCCAGGCUGUGCACAUGUCAUCUGCUCGCUGUUUAAGACUAAGUACUUCAGGCUCCAAAUCUCUCACCCAAAAGCAACACAGCUUUGAUUUGGAAAUACCAAGACCGCUUUUGCUUGCAAAUUUGAUAGAGCUGAAAUACUAAGCUUAUUAGCUUUAAAAUAUUUUUUUAAAGAAUUUAAUUCUUUACUAAUAUUAAAUCAUCAUGUGUCUCUCUGCUGUCACUAUACUGCUGGUGGUCUUAUACUCUGAUGGGAGUCUGGCAACAAAUCGGAAAGCUGUGGAGAGUCCAGGAAAGAAGCAAUAUCAGGUGCAGCAUGGGGCUUGCAGCUAUACCUUUCUUCUGCCAGAGGUGGACAACUGCCGCACUGGUCCUGCUAGUCCCUAUGUGUCCAAUUCGGUACAAAGGGAUGCUCCUCUGGACUAUGAUGAUUCUGUACAGAGAUUACAGCUUUUAGAGAACAUCAUGCAGAAUAACACACAGUGGCUUCUAAAGCUGGAAAAUUACAUUCAAGAUAAUAUGAAAAAAGAGAUGGUGGAGAUGCAAAAGAAUGCGGUACAAAAUCACACAGCUUUGAUGAUGGAAAUUGGGACAAAUCUGCUAAAUCAAACUGCAGAGCAGACCAAGAAGCUGACAGAUGUUGAAGCCCAGGUAUUUAAUCAAACCAGCCGCCUUGAACUUCAGCUUUUGGAAAACUCAUUUUCGACGAACAAACUGGAAAGGCAAAUAACUGACCAAACCACUGAAAUAAACAAGCUACAAGAUAAGAACAGCUAUUUAGAGAAAAAGGUUUUAAAUAUGGAAGAUAACCAUUCUCAACAACUGCUGUCAAUGAAGGAAGAAAAGGAUAAACUUCAAGUCCUGGUGCUCAAGCAAAACUCGAUAAUUGAAGAUCUAGAAAAACAGCUCAUCACCGCAUCAGCAAAUAACUCCCUUCUACAAAAACAGCAGCAUGACUUGAUGGAGACUGUGCACAAUUUGUUGACAAAGAUGGCACCUCAAACAGCACCAAGAUCAUCAUUUGUUGCCAAGGAGGAACAAAUAACAUUCAAAGAUUGUGCUGAAGCAUAUAAAUCAGGGCUGACGUCAAGUGGGAUCUACACACUUACUAUUCCGAAUACAACUGAACAGGUCAAGACAUAUUGUGACAUGAAAAGUGGAGGCGGUGGUUGGACCAUCAUUCAAAAACGCUUUGACGGGAGUGUGGAUUUCCACAAAACAUGGAAAGAAUAUAAAAAGGGAUUUGGUGACCCUUCAGGAGAAUAUUGGCUUGGUAAUGAGCUAGUCUCUCAACUGACCAAUCUUCAGCGCUAUGUUCUCAAGAUUCAGCUAAAAGACUGGGAAGGAAAUGAAGCCUAUUCACUCUAUGACCAGUUUUAUUUAGGAACAGAGGCCCAGAAAUACAAGAUUCACCUCAAAGGAUACACUGGGACAGCGGGCAAAAUAAACAGUAUAAGCCAACCAGGAAAUGAGUUUAGCACAAAGGAUGCAGACAAUGACAAAUGUAUUUGCAAGUGCUCACAAAUGGCGACAGGAGGUUGGUGGUUUGAUGCCUGUGGGCCUUCUAACUUGAAUGGAAUGUAUUACUCAUUGGGGCAGAAUACUAACAAAUUUAAUGGAAUCAAAUGGUACUACUGGAAAGGAUCGGGGUAUUCUCUAAAAGCGACAACAAUGAUGAUUCGACCAGUUGACUUUUAAAUACCAAAUUGUACUUAUUCUGUUAUGGCAAUAGUUGUAAGAACACUUCAUCGAAAGUAAUACCUGCCGCCAUGUUGAUUGGAAAUUCAGAUGUGAUAAUCUGGAAAGCGGACUACUUAACUAAAGGGAAUAAUGGUUUACUGAAACACAUUUCGAUUCAAGGCAGCUCUUUACACAGCCUUUGAGAAACUUUCUGCUGUGUGCAACAUUUAUUUGGAUGUAAAUAACUGGAACUUUGAAGUAUACAGAAACCUUAUGUUGUGCCUCUCUGCAGACACAUACUUGCAGUCUUCGUGGCAGCCUACCUGCAAACCACUUUGUAUUAUGUUUUGUAUUAUGAGGUGUACAUAUGACUGUAAAUUAACUGUAUACAGAUUUUGAUAAUUUGCUACAAUUAUAAAUAAGAGGAGGCCAGAUUAUAUCUUAUGACCUGUUUACAUAUUUUAGGUAAUCAUAUUACUUAAUGAGAACAACAUCAUGGUAAAAAACCAUGCAAUUCCCGGUUACGGAGGUACGAUUCAAGCCACCCAUGAAUCUUGAAUUCUCGCUAGUACAAAAAAAAAGAAAAAAGAAAAGUAGAAUCCUUGUUUGUGUAACUCAUAAAUCAACCAGUGAAACAAAGGUUACUGAUAUAGCAGAUGUGCAUAUAUUUAUAGACACAUACACUAGUAUAAUUAAUGGAAGCUCUGGCCAAAAAACAGAAUAGCAUGGAGACACAGAAAAAUAACCGUAUCAAAGAUAGCAAUAAUGGCUCGAGUUGCUUUGAUGGAUAGGGAAGUCAAGUCAAUAAAAGCCAUUUGGCUUUACUGCAGUGGACAUAUAAGAUAACAUUAAAAUCAGAUGCAUCUUAAUUACAUAUAUUUUAUUGGUCUAUUAAUUUGGAUAUAUUUUACAAAAUGUAUAAGGUGUUAGAGACUAUAAUGAAAUAAAAAAAAUCCUCUACACAAGUCAAUCAUCACUGGAAUAGCAGGUUGAAUAAAAACAUGUCAAUCUAAUUGUGGUGCUUAAGAAAAUGAUAUAAUAAUCCUACCUGUAUUGACAAGUGCAACAGUUGUAUUAUAUAUUCUACAUAUUAAAGGGGCUGUCACGUCUGAUUUUGCCAAAACCAGACAUAGCCGUUGGACAAAAGUGGAAAAAGUGCAAAAAUCAUGGGCAGUCACUUCCCUUUUGCACUGCAAGUUGCAUAACUAAAUAAAGUCUGCUAUUGUUCCCCACUCUCGGGUGUGCACCUUCUAGCCGAAAUCGGAUUUUUUUGCAGGAAUACUGUGGUAGCCUCGCCAGGUUAUCCCAAAACCAGCUGUUUCCUCCGGUAUCUUCACCGCUGGCACAGCAGGACCGACUGCACCCUGUUACAUGGGAUCGCCAGUGUUGUGUCUGCACAACACCCAUAGGUGACCAAUUUUCCGAUUUUGGGACAACUGCCCAACCUCAAAAAUUGGGAUUUACUGCACUAUAUAACCCCCUCUCUUCCCAAUGAAUAAAAAAGGGCUGUUUCACUAUUUAGAAAAACAAACUAAAAGAGACUAUUUUUUUUUCUAGUCUCCGGAGACCCCUAAAGUGUGUGAUAACAGUUUUUGUUUCAAGAUUUCAAGAUUCUUAAUGGCAAAAUGAUUUGCAUAUAUUGCAUUAUAAAAACAACAACUGCAUAACAAGGCGAUUUUCUGCAUUAUCUGGUCUAUGCAAGAUUCAUAUUAUUUGUAUUAUUUACAUAAAUUUUCUAUUUUGAUAUAAAUAGGUAUCAAAUGUAUAUCCUCUGUGAACACUGUCUUUUGUAUACAUGAAUGUCUUCAAU